AUGACGCAAUGCGGCCGGAAUUUUGAGAGAACGCGUGGAGGGGCAAGAUUCGAUCACCGACCCGUUACACUGUUCGAAUUGGGAGGGCUCGCUCCGCUCAGGAAAGAAGACUCCGCCAGCCCAGCCGAAGAAGGUGUUUGGAGAGUAUCCUGCUGCGCAGCAGGGUGCAUACCGCUACCAAGGAGUUGUGGACUUAGCCCAGCGAGUUUAAACCCUUUGGUCAGACUGCGGCGGUGGUGGUGGAUACGCGGGGGUAUGCAAGCGUUUCUAAGAUUGUGUCGAAUAUCCAAUGCUAGCAGGAAAAGAUUUGCGAGUUGAUUGACUUUGAGAAGCAAGAGGUGGGCUUGAAGCAGCCAUGGCAGGUGACCCCAGUCGGCAAUCUCAGGCACUUCCGGAACGCACCGCACAGGUCCCCCGCCGGGGCAACGGCUAAUUGUGACUGGUUCGCAUGGAGUGAUCGCGGAUAUGUUAGGUCGGGGCGAUGCCGAUGGAGGAGCGUCGUGGCAGGAGCUCAGCCAUUAUGGAAAGCCAAAAAUUUCUGA